AUGUAUCAGACUGUCGACUCAACCGUUAGUGGUGAUGAAGUAAGAUUUGAAGAUUUUAGAGAAGUGAAGGAGAACAUGCAACUCCUUGAGAAGAAGUUUCGAGCAUUAGAAGGAUACCACGUCUUUGGAUCUGCUGCCAAAGAAAUGUGCCUUGUAUCUGGGUUGGUGAUUCCGGCCAAAUUCAAAACUCCAGAUUUCGACAAAUACAAGGGGCAUACUUACCCAAAGAGCCAUCUCAUCAUGUAUUACCGUAAAAUGGCUGCUCAUGUGGAAGACAACAAGUUGAUGAUCCACUAUUUUCAAGAUAGCUUGAGUGGGGCUCCAUCCAAGUGGUAUUUAAGUCUGGAUCAGAAUAGGAUCAGAUGUUUCCAAGACCUGUCAGACGCGUUCAUAAAACACUACAAAUACAACAUGGAUAUGGCGCCUGACAAAAGACAGUUGAAAAGCAUGUUCCAGCAUGACAAGGAGUCCUUCGAGGAAUAUGCUCAAAGAUGGAGGGAACUGGCUUCUCGAGUUAAACCACCUUUUGCUGAAAAGGAAUUGGCCGAACUGUUCAUCGACACUGUCCAACCCCAAUUCUAUGAGAAGAUGGUUGGAAGUGCUUCCUUGGUAUUCUCCGAGCUUGUUGCUAUAGGGGCUCGUGUCGAAUAUGGAUUAAGAAAUGGCAAACUUGCGGCUGUGGCUGGAACUUCAAGUGUUAAUCCGAAGAAGUUCUCUGGAGGGUUUCCCAGAAAGAAGGAAGGUGAAACUAAUGUUAUGACUAUUGGCCAAGGAAGAGCCCCUCCAAGAAGGAGACAACAAUAA